GACGGGAGCUCAGUUGGCCUCGGAGCUCGGGCAAUGAGUCGGCUUCCAUGCGGAGAGAGGCCUAGCUGGUUGUUGUGGCGGUGAUCCGGAGCCGGCCUUCGCCUGACUUUUAUCACUGUGGGAGAACUCUUGGUUUUUGUCGUUCGCUCGGCGGAGGCGGGGGACGUCAUGGCAACGGAUUUUGUGAACGAGCUGGAGAGUCGCUUCUUCCCCGAAAACCUGCUGAACAGUGAGGCCUGGGAUGCCUGCCUGUAUGACUGUGAAACAAUGGAGGAGAUGGAUGAUCCUACUGAUCUCUUUCACUGCUUUGAUAACAUCACUGAGUUCAACGCAGAUUUGGAUUUGAAUUUGAAUAUGGACAUUGAAACAUCAGACUUACCUUGGAGUCAGAUCAAUGGAGACAUUUAUUCAGACCUGCGAGUGAAGUUGGAACCACUUUCACCGGCAUCUUCACGCUGCUCAGAUUCUUCACUUGCUUCCUCAUGUGACAUUCCCCUUUUAUCUCAGCCUCAUCAGAACGUAAACACGGAGCCAACUCUUCCAGUCGUGAAAACUGAGGAUCCGCCUACACCGCCCAGUGUAUUUGGGGAUGUUCUCAACCCACCACUGAACAUUGUCCAGCUCAGCAUGGUGAAAAAGGAAAAUGAGACCUCGCCGGUGAAACAAGGACCAGCAAUUCAACCCGCCACAAAUGUGAAGGCGAACAGCAUCUUGUGCAACAAGCAGAACAUCCAGCCUCAACCAGUUGUCGCGACAACGCUGUCCACUGCUCCGGCCACCAGCCCAGCAAAGACCAUCAUGCUUCAGUCGGUACAGACUAGCUUGCCAGUGUCUCAGCAACAGAGUCUACCGUUGAAGCAAACCAUUCCAGUGUCGAGGCAGUCUGUGGUUCUGGCCCAGUCAGACCUGGUGAGAAUUCCUGUCCAGGGACUGAUCAAAGUACCAGCAGUGACUGGGGUCGCCAGCAACUGUAAGCCAGCCAGUGGCAUCUGCAACAAGAUCGCUAUCAACAAAUCUGCCAACAAACCAAUCGUGCCCGCACCAACACAGACGGAAACUAACACUUCAGAGAUCGACAUCAAACUGCUAAAGCGGCAGCAGCGAAUGAUCAAGAAUCGGGAGUCGGCCUGCCAGUCCCGUAAAAAGAAGAAAGAAUAUCUCCAGGGUCUGGAGAGCAAAUUGCGCGAGGCACUCAGUGAGAAUGAGAAGCUGAAAAGGGAGAACUCGCUGCUGAAAAAGAAACUAGACAGCAUCAUGUCCGAGAACACAGAAUUGAAGUUAGGCUCAGGCAAUCGUAAAGCAGUGUGUGUGAUGGUCUUUCUGCUCUUCGUCACAUUCACCUUUGGACCUGCCAGUAUAACCGAGAAGAAGCCAGAUCUCUUCCAGAAGACAGAUGACAGCAUGUACAUCAAGAGGCACCUGCUGGCUUUCAAAGAGGAGCCAGGUACAGAGAGCGAGACAGAGGAAGCGACAAAAGAUUACGCUCAGAGGGAAAAAUUCAGCAACAUCACUAUGGCUUACUCCGACGUAAAAGACCUGGUACUUCGUGACAUUGAUCGGAUCCUCUUCCCUUCCUCGGAUUGCCGUCAGUUCAACAAGACCGAAUCGCUCAGACUUGCCGAUGAAUUGCGUGGCUGGGUACACCGGCAUCAAAUUGAAAGGACGAAGUCCAAUGAGAAACCAAAGCGUCAAAAGAAAUUUAAACAAAGCAUGAGGACUCAGCAGAGGAAGAUCAAUCUAUCCCGGUUUAUUCCAGUUCAGUCUGCGGAGGCUUCCACCAGGUUGACGUCCAGUCAGUUGCAGGUUUACCAGAGCCCUGAGCAGAGUUACUAUGACUUCAUGGAUGCUAUUGAUAGGAGGGAAGACACCUUCUACGUCGUUUCGUUCCGAAGGGAUCACCUGCUGUUACCAGCCAUCAGUCACAACAAGACCAACAGGCCAAAGAUGUCCCUUGUGAUGCCAGCCAUGGCAGUGAAUGAGAGUUUGCACAACACCACUCGGGGUUAUGAAGUCAUGAUGCAGAUCGAUUGCGAGGUGAUGGACACCAGAAUUAUCCAGAUCAAGAGCUCGUCGGUGCCUCCUUCCCUCCGGCAGCCUCAGCACAAUGGCACGGGUUCCUACCACAGUAACGCCAGCAGGGCACCCAGUGCCAGGAGGCUACGGCCCCAACCCCUUCCUGUCUCUGCGUCAAGCACCAAGGACCCACUGUACCUCACGACAGAAGACGGUGAAGUGUAGUUCUGGUGCUUCCUAGCUCUGUGCCCUGUUUUACAGUUCCACCCACCAGGAAGGAUAAAGAAUCAUUGAAGGAUUGGAGAUGUUCAUCAUCUGUUGUCGUUCCCAACCUCCUCCUCCCCUCCACAAACUUCUGUGAUGACCUGAUGAUUCUGCUUUAAGGUUACAAAUAAAACCUGGUACCCGGUGGUGUUGGGGACAUGAAGGAAGAUUCUGAUUGCUUUCAAGCUUCUGUAAAAGGGGCAAGGACCAAACUGUGCUCGCCAUCUUCCUAUCUUGGAAAGCUAUAACACGCUACCUACUGCUUUUAAAAUUCCCAGGUCUGUGACUCCACACGAAUCUUUGGUAAUUGUGAAAACCACAUUCCCAGGAAGUUAUGCAGAUCUGCACUAAUGGCUUAUAAUUCCACUAUCACUACCAUUACUGUGAAAUAUUUUUCAGGCCUGUUCUGCACCUAAAACUUUAAACUUGGGAAUAUGGGCUAGUACUUCACGGUUUUUUAGGGAAGACCAAACUAGCAAUGAUCAUCUGGUCCACUGUGCUGACCUAUUGCAUGCAAAUCUGGUGUGUUUAUCUUUACUCCUUUUGCACUAUGCAAGUUGUUUAUUUCCCUCUUUCUGUUCUGAAUGUGAAGCUGUGUCGCAGUUAUACAGCACGCAGAUGGUCUGUUCCAGCACAGCUUGCUCUAUAUUCACUGAUGAAACUCCGAGCAGUCCACAAGCUGGAACAUCACUUAUCAGAUUGGACUUUUGCCCCAUAAACUCUGUGUAUGUAUAUAGAAAGUAUCCGAAAAACUGUUAUGUAAUCUUGGUUUGGCUAUCACCGUAAUGGCUUGGUUCGCAAUGAUCUGUUCCUUACUUGAUUCUGUCCAGUUAUCCUUGGAUUCUAUCCAUUUCUAAUCUCGCCCAAAUGGAAAUCUAUAAUUGACCACUGUUCAUCAUCCCUGAUCUGUUUGCUUUCCAAUGAAAAUGUUCACCACAGUUGUGUUUCUGGCUCUAUUACCAUGUGUAGUACAGAGUAGGAAUUUCAAUGUUCAGGAAUGUACAUAGAUUGGGUUUCUAUUAUGUUGUCAUUCUGUUAACUGAUAAUUGUGCGUGUGUGUAUGUCCUUGAGCACUUGUGUCCCACAUGAGGUUCAGCACAAUUUAUAGUUUGAUUUUUGUUUGCCUUCGUUUGUUCUGAAUCAUCAAGCAUUAAUUUUUGCUAUCAUAAAGCAGAGGCCCUUGCUUCAUUUGUGGGAGGUUGUGUAGGCAGUGUGAGGCUUGCUAGCUUCAUUGGAUUUGAAGUGGCAUUGAUGUAAUUUGGAUUUCACAGUUUCACAAAAGAUUCCAAUGAGAAGGAAAUAGGGGGCGGAGCCAAUCUAACGACCAACCAUUUUCUGACUUUUUUUUCUGUUUGUUAUGGUGCCCCCACCAGGGGCCGUCUAACUUGUUUACAGUUACACAGAAUAGCAAGUCAGAGGUGGCAAGAAUAUUUCACAUGAUUAGCAACCCCACCACUUCCGAGUGAAGUGCAGAAACCCAUCAACGUGUAACUAAAACUCUGUCUAACCCACCAUCGAUUGUGAAUUUGUUGCUGAGCAAUGACCCACCAUUAUGAUGGCAUCCCAAGUUUUUAGCUGACCUGUGUCUACAUACAAAUCUAAUAUUGUUUUUUUUUUGUACAAAAUUAUAUAAUUUAUUAUUUAACUUGAUUUUUUUUUGUGUGGUAUCUUUCACUCAGUCUCUCAAAGUUUUUCCAUUAGACUUGAAGCUGAAAUAUGCAGAAGCCUUUGCUCGACUCUCCUCCUCUAUGCUAGAUAUGUCAAUGAAUUGCCUUUAUUGAUAGACUCCUGAAGAGUGCUUAAGUAAAAUCACACAAGCUGGUCAAUGUUUGAGAUUGUUCUGUGA